AUGCCUCCUAGACGCCGUCCUCUCUGUGACUUUAACCAAGACCUGCGUUCCGAAGAAAAUGGUGAGGAAGAGUUGCCACCUCCGCCUCCACCACCACCAUACAAUGAUGGAAUACACCCGGCCUUAGUACAAUUUAUAGCUGAUGUCACUAGACACCUUACUGAAGCAAUAUCACGAAUUCCACGACCUAACGAACGAGCUGAACCCAUAGGUUGUUCGUUGCGUGAUUUUGCUAGUUUCCAUUUUCGAACUUUUGAAGGAACUGAAGGACUGGAUGCCGCAGACGCAUGGCUCACAGACAUAGAUGCAUUGUACACCACUCUCGGUUGUACCGACGAGCAAAAAGUUCAGUAUCUCGCACUGCAGUUGACGGGUGAAGCUGGGAGAUGGUGGAAUGCGAGGAAGGUACUACUUGGGGAAGAAACAGUGAUCACUUGGAAGAUGUUCAAGGUGGAGUACAAUCGGCGCUUUUUCCCUCGAUCCCAGAGGCAACUUCGAGCAAUAGAAUUCCAAAAUCUGGUUCAAGAUAAUAUGACCGUAGAACAAUAUUCUGCUAGAUUUAUGGAAUUAGCCAGGUUUGCAGCCAAUCUCAUUCCAGAUGAAGAAACAAAGGCUGAACGUUUCGAAAACGGUCUCAAUCCACGAAUCAGAGAACGAGUUAUAUGCCUCGAGAUUAAAGACUACGCCAGGUUAGUGGAAGUAGCGUCUCUUGCAGAAAGAGGAAUCCGCGAAUCCGCAGCAGCCUACGAUCUGAAAAGACGAUUAAAGCAGCAAACAUCGUAUUCAGAAAAGAGACCAGCAACAGAGAAUGAUUCCAGGCCAGUUGUUGGCAAAAGUUAUCCGCCCGCACUAGGAAAUCAAAGACCACCUUGUAACAGGUGUGGAAAACUGCAUGAGGGAGAGUGUAAGAUGACAGGACCUACCUGCUUCCAGUGUGGUAAGACUGGUCAUUUUCAGAAGUAUUGUCCCAUGAACACUGCUAAAGGAUCAAAACCGCAAGGAGGCGGAUCUCGACAACAGUAUCCUGCCCAAGCACGAGUAUAUUCACUUAUCCCUGGUGGUGCUGAAGAAGAUGAGGAAUAUACAGAUGCGGCGGCAGGUUAUGAAAAAGAUGAGUAUCAGGAUUGUCCAGACCUUUAGGUGAUCUUGAUAGCAGUGUUUGAGGUUGGGAUGCCUCCAUUUUGUGGACUGCUGUGUUCCAGUCCUUUAUUAUAUUAUCUUGAGAAUGAUAUUUAUAUUUUUGUUGGUGUGUAUUAACUAUACUCUAGUUAUUUUGGCUUGUAAAUUAUAUGUGUCGUUUGUGGCACCUAUUUUUAAUGCACCUAGUGUGCAAAUAGCGUGUAAUAAUAAACU